CAACUCAUCUAAAUUAAAUCAUGUCAAUCAUCAGUCGAAGUAAUGGUGGUAGUGGUGGUGGUGAUAGUUUUAGGACGGAGUUGUUGUCUCCCGCUGCUCAAUCCGUUGUUGAUCACUCCAUGUCGUUGGGGUCGACAUGGAAACUUAAUACGAGUGACUUCCAUCUUCCUCAACACCGCUCUUAUGAUCAUCAAUCUUUCAGUUUCCUUCGUCUACUUCGCGCUUUCAGGAAUCAGAGAAAAGUUGUUGAAUACUACAAAAAACAAGAAAGGCUGCUUGAAGGAUUCAAUGAGAUGGACACAAUUAAUGAAUGUGGUUAUUUACCUGGAAAUCUUACUGAGGAUGAAUUGAAGCAGCUAGCUAAGGGUGAAAAGAUUGCGAUUCAUGCGUCAAACAUAGCAAAUAUGGUUCUUUUCAUUGCUAAAGUCUACGCGUCUAUUGACAGCAGAUCGCUGGCUGUAAUUUCGUCAACCCUGGACUCCCUAUUAGAUCUCUUAUCUGGAUUUAUUUUGUGGUUCACUUCUAAUGCAAUGAAAUCCCCGAACCAGUACCGCUAUCCAAUUGGAAAGAAGAGAAUGCAGCCAGUGGGUCUAGUUGUGUUUGCAUCCAUAAUGGCAACUCUAGGACUACAAAUAUUGUUCGAAUCUGGUAGACAACUCAUAACUAAGUCUCAUCCUGAUAGGGACCCUGAGAAAGAAAAAUGGAUGAUUGGAAUUAUGGUUUCUGUUACUGUGAUAAAGUUUCUACUUAUGAUCUACUGCCGAAGAUUCAAAAAUGAAAUUGUAAGGGCCUAUGCUCAAGACCAUUUCUUUGAUGUAAUUACCAACUCAAUCGGAUUAGCGACAGCAGUCUUAGCCAUCCACUUCUACUGGUGGAUUGAUCCUACUGGAGCUAUCAUUAUAGCACUUUACACGAUGAGCACGUGGGCAAGGACGGUGCUGGAAAAUGUGUGGGCACUUAUUGGAAGAACAGCUCCACCAGAUUUUCUUGCAAAAUUAACAUAUCUAGUAUGGAAUCACCACGAAAGGAUCAAACAUAUCGACACAGUUAGAGCAUAUACUUUUGGGACACAAUAUUUUGUGGAGGUUGAUAUAGUGCUGCCAGAGGAUAUGUUUCUGAACCAGGCACAUAAUAUUGGUGAAACACUACAGGAAAAGCUGGAGCAACUUGUUGAAGUUGAACGAGCUUUCGUUCAUAUAGACUUCGACAUCACUCACAAGCUAGAACAUAAGACUAUAAUCAAAUGACAUCAA